AUGCCGCGAGAAAGGAAGGCACCGCCGCCUAUCGCACUCGCGCUAUACCUCGCGCUCGCUGGGAAGGAGAUUUUCCGCGCCGCAGAGUCAGGCGACGAUGACGCGUUCACCUCCCUCAUCCCUGCCGACCUCUCCCUGCACAACGAGGACGGCUGCUACCUCCUCGACGUCACCGCCGCUGUCGGCCAUCCUCGGGCGCCCAGAGGACGCGGGGAGAGCGGAGGAUGCGAGCGAGCGCGAGAUCCGCUCCGCCCGAGCGGGAGCCGCGGCUGCCAUCUCCUGCUCGGCCUCGCCAUCACCAUCGCUGCCCUGCUUGCACUCGCCUCUGCCUCCGAAUCCGACCAUAAGCUGGCGGCGGGCGGGCGUGUGGCCGCUACGGGAUUUGCGCGGCCCGUGGCGGAUAGCGGGAGCCUCACAGGCGGCAGCUGCGAGCUUGCGGCCCGGCGCAGUGCGGCUGCAGCCGACGGUGGGCGCACGGUGCGGAGGUCCGUUGAGAGGAGGCAGCAAGCCGUCUACACCAUGGUGCUGGAGCCCGAAGCAUGGUGGGGGCACGUCCUCGUCGUCCUCAGGGAGCCGCAUCUUCUUGAGCACCAAGAUCUGGCGCAUCGUCUUCACCUGGGCCUUCCAGCGGCGGCGCGGAACAAUGGCGACCAAUCUUUUCCUAAUGCGAGAUUGGAAAUUAUUGGACUAACAUUUCUGUGGGUGAUUUUCUUGGACCCAUGCGGCCAUGGUGGCAUGGGAGGCCAAGUGGCCAACAAGUCGCUGUCCAUUGAGGUGUGCAUCAAGAUCCUCUUCACUUCGCUCUGCCACACUGACGUUUACUUCUGGUCGGCCAAGGGCAUUCCCGUGUUCCGUAGGAUCUUGGGUCACGAGGCUCAAGGGACGACUGAAGCUGUGCAGUAG